AAAUAUUAAAGGUUUUAGAAUGCAGCAAAUAGGUAUUGUGAUAAAAAAACAGAGAUGGCGCUGUUUUGUUUUCAUGCCAUUUUUAUACUGUAGAAAACUCCAUGCUCGUAAAAUUACUAGGACAUAAUCUAAUUGCGAUAAUAUGUUUACAACUAAAGCAAGUGUUUUGUGCCUAUCUGAUAAGCAGGAAGACUACAAAAACAUUGAAACCUAAUUGGUGCUAUCUACAGUUCGAAGCUAUAAGGUAACAUUUCAUCUAUUAUGAUAGAUGUAGACAGCGUAAAUUAUGUUAACACAAAAAUGCUUUACAAGAAAAUGCAGUGCAAUCAAUGUUGGUUUUAGUUACUGGAAAUCAAACGUAACUUUUAAAGUAGCUUCAGCUAGAUGCAGUUGACCUUGUGUUGUGGAAUAUAAAGUUUCAUCAUAAUCCUGUUGAACAAUCAUUACUGGUAGACCAUAUCUAAAGUUGCAACCUUCUCUUUCGUACAGGCUGACCCAGCAUUCAUGUAUAAAAGGGGCAGCGAAACAAUAGCUUCUUGCCAACAAUUCUCCAAAGGGAAUAACAAUCUAUUAGCGGUCAGCGCAUAUCAACAUGCCUAAACCCACUAUUGUACUCAGCAUCAUCCUUCUAAUUGUUCUCUUCAAUGCAUCUGCAGGCCAAACCAUAGUGGUAGAAUUUGAUAAUGGUAUUACUCCAAAGUUGAUAAAGGGGUUCAACAGAAAGAUUCUCACGGAGAUUCAGGAUUAUGACUAUGGAGGCGCAAACUCUAGGCAUGAUCCACGCAGAAGGCCUGGGGUUGGAGGCAGGAAUGGCUAGAAGAUAAGCUUCUUCAUACAUAUCCCUGCAUAUGACAGUAUCAGUAUGCUACUACAUGAAAUGGGGUCAUGUGAGGGACCAGCCACUCUCAGUAGCAACCCUAUAUAAUUUUCCAAUCCCCUUUUGUAUGCUAUAUGCCUCCAAAUGGAUAAGAGAGAAGGAUAGAUAUACUCUUAUCCUCUAUAAAUAGUCUAGUAACGCGAAGUUGAGAAUGGUUCGUUUUAAAGAGCACUAGGUGCAUUACUAAAUGCAUAAGCGAGGCGGAGGAUUAACUAUGAUGUCAUUAUGUGUGUUGAUAAUUAUUUCUUGUGAGGUCA